AUGUUUUUGCAGGUGAUCUCGGACUUCGACUACACGCUGUCACGUUUCCACGACGCGCAGGGCGGAAGUUGCUGGACGACGCACGGCGUAUUCGAUUCUGCUGCGGCCUGUGUGGCACCGGAACUCGGCGAUAUCUUCCAGAGGCUCAAAGCCAAGUAUCUCCCGGUUGAAUUCGAUCCGCACAUGACCAUUGCUCAGAAAACACCGCUUAUGGAAGAGUGGUGGCGAAAAUCACACGAACAUAUCAUCAAAGCUGGCUUUACCAAACAGACAAUUCAGAAGUUUGUCGGCGAAUCGAAGCUUGAACUAAGGGAUGGCGCUAAAGAGAUGAUACUGGCGCUCUGUGGACGUUGCGUGCCUUUCAUAAUUUUCUCAGCUGGAGUUGGCAAUGUAAUUGAAUUCUUUUUGCAAAAAACAUUCGGCGGAAUAUUGCCGAACAAUGUGCAUAUCAUUUCGAAUAUGAUGGAAUAUGACGAAAACGACGUAGCAGUUGCAUUUUCGGAGCCUCUGAUACAUACUUUCUGCAAGAAUAGUGCUGUGAUUAGCUAUCACGGGUCUUUGUUCAGUGAAAUAUCGUCGCGAAAAUGUGUUUUGUUGCUUGGCGAUAGCCUCGGAGAUCUAAAUAUGGAUGUUGGCGUGCAAGAUGAGCAAGUUGCACUGAAAAUAGGCUUCUUAAAUUUUGACAGCGAAGCAUUGAUGGGUAAAUUUCUUGACGGUUACGAUAUUGUGUUGCUCGAUGAUCAAAGUAUGCAGGUGCCAAACCUGAUUCUCGAUUCACUUUUCGGCAUUGGAGGUGCACCGGAUGGCGAUGAUGUGAAUUUAUGUAUGUUUUGUCGAAAAUUUCGUAUUGUUUUUUUCUUGUGGGUGCACGGUGUGUGUGUGUGUGUGUGUGUUUAUUGCUGAAA